CUAAUCUAAUCUAAGUGUGUCGAUAAGUGGCUGGCUGAAAGUGGUAUUUAAACUCGCGACGAACGCUACAUUAGUAUCAUUACUAGUAAAAUCGUUAUUGGUUAGCAACACUAAGUAUCACUAAUAAAAAACUCAAGCAAUAUGUUCAAAUACGCUCUCCUGUUAGCUUCGGUAUUAAUUACCACCGUGCAUGGUAACCAACCUUGUCUAGGUGUACCACAAGAUCGACCACGUUUCGCUGCCUCGCCCGAGUCGUGUAACGCCUACAUUAUAUGUAUGAAUGGACAAGCAAUUCCAGGUGGUAGAUGUCCAGAAGGUUUACUAUUUGAUGCAGUCAAUGAAAUGUGUAGCAGCUCAUCGUGCACAGACUGCUCACCAUUCGGCAUACAAAAUCUACCAUACCCACAAAGCUGCAGUCGGUUCAUUCAAUGCAGUAUGGGAAUUAGAACAUUCAGUGCAUGUCCGUCUGGUUACUUCUUCGAUCGUACUAUUGGAUUCUGUAACCAUGCGGAACUUGUUGAGUGUGACGAUCCGACCAUAACAACGACAGAGCCACCGACUACCGAUUUGCCUGAGUGUUUUGCUGACGGUUUAUUCCAUCCCCAUCCAACGAGUUGUUCACACUUCUUCAUUUGUGUCAAUUUCGACUUAUGGGAACAAGAAUGUGCGCCUGGCUUACACUGGAAUAGAUCCCAGGAAAAAUGCGACUCACCAGAGGCAGCAAAAUGCCCAAUACCGUCGCAGUGACUGAGUGGAGAAAUUGUGUAAACUCUUUGUUCCACUGAUCAAUAAGAGACAUAAGACGUAUAUAGAGAUCUAAAUGUACAAUUUAUUGUGAAGUCUUAAUUUUAAUUAAUAAAUUAUUGUUUUAUUGAAAUUCA